AUGGACUCAUAGUAACAAUAAGAUUAAAAAUAACCUUCAAGCAUUGGAUAAGCAAUUAAAUAACAAGUCUUGAAAGCUUGGCAACCUGUUCCCACUCUUAAUUCCACUAUAAUAUUGUUUGGCAUAUUAAGUGUAUAUUUUCUAAGUAUGGGUAUUGUACUUAAUGUGUAUUCUGGGAAAAUUAACUAAUAAAGUUUCAGAUAUGAUGCAUAUUGUUGGCAAGAACCAUUUUGUAAUUUUACAAUAGCUUUGGACACUAAUUACACAGCUCCAAUCUAUUUAUAUUAUUAGUUGGAUAAUUUCUAUUAAAAUCAAAGAAGGUAAUGAUUCUUAUAAUCUAUUAUGUAGAUAUAUCACAUCAAAAUCAGUAGAAUAAUUAUCUGGAGAAAAGGGAUUAGGAGUGGAUGAUUUAUCUUCAUGUUAUCCUGUAAUUACAAAUGCUUAAAUGGGUAAAACUGUAGCAAUAGAUGGCACACCUUUAGAACCAACUGCUCCAGCAAUUCCAUGUGGUUUGAUUGCUUAAAGUUUAUUUAAUGAUACUUUUGAUAUAUCAUAUCAAGUUAGUAAUGGAACAGUGUAUAAAGUUGAAGCGUCAAACUAAGGCAUAGCUUGGCCAACUGAUUUAGAACUAUAUUAAAAUACAAAUAUCAGUUAAUAAUGGUAUAAUGUUACAGAUGAGAGGUUCAUGGUUUGGAUGAGAGUAGCAGCUAUGCCAAAUUUUAGAAAACUUUGGGGAGUAAUCAAUUAAGACCUUCCAUAAGGUCUUUAUUCAAUAUAUAUAUCAAAUAGUAUUUCAUAAAUAUUAAUUUUAGAUUAUGAUUCAACUAAUUAUGGAGGUAAGAAAUAUAUUGUAUUUUCAACAACCAAUUAAUUUGGAGGAAAAAAUGAGUUUUUAUCUGUUGCCUAUAUAUGUGUUGGUGUAGCAUCAUCUUUAGUAACUAUUGGAUUUUGUUUGAAGAAAUUUUUCUCAAGAGCUGGUCCGAAAAAAUUCUGA